AUGUGGAUACUGCCAAGACAUCGGGUUUUCCGUAAGACGGCGGACCGGCGGCGGCAGCGCGCUUCGCAGGACACCGAGGACGAAGAAUCUGGCGCUUCGGGCUCAGACAGCUGUGGCUCCCCGGCGCGGGGUGGCGGCAGCUGCAGCGGUAGCGCUGGAGGCGGCGGGAGCGGUGGUUCUCUGCCUUCACGGCGCGGAGGCCGAGCCGGGGCCCUUCCUCUGCGGCGGCUGGACAGCGGGGGAGCUAAGAGCGCUGAGGAGUCGGAGUGUGAGAGUGAAGAUGGCAUUGAGGGCGAUGCCGUUUUGUCGGAUUAUGAAAGUGCAGAAGACUCAGAAGGUGAAGAAGGGGAAUACAGUGAAGAGGAACACUCCAAAGUGGAGCUGAAAUCGGAAGCUAAUGAUGCUGCGAAUUCUUCAGCAAAGGAAGAGAAGGGAGAAGAAAAGCCUGACACCAAAGGCACUGUGACUGGAGAGAGGCGAAGUGGGGAUGGACAGGAGCGCACAGAGCCUGUGGAGAACAAAGUGGGUGAAAAGGGCCCUAAGCAUUUGGAUGAUGAUGAAGAUCGGAAGAAUCCAGCAUACAUACCCCGGAAAGGGCUCUUCUUUGAGCAUGAUCUUCGAGGGCAAACCCAGGAGGAAGAAGUCAGACCCAAGGGGCGUCAGCGAAAGCUAUGGAAGGAUGAGGGUCGCUGGGAGCAUGACAAGUUCCGGGAAGAUGAGCAGGCCCCAAAGUCCCGACAAGAGCUCAUUGCUUUUUAUGGCUAUGACAUCCGCUCAGCUCACAAUCCUGAUGACAUCAAACCUCGAAGAAUCCGGAAACCCCGGUUUGGGAGUCCUCCACAAAGAGAUCCUAAUUGGAUUGGUGAAUGGCCAAACAAGUCCCAUCGCUACCAGGGUCUUGGGGGUACCCUGCCACCAAGGACAUUUAUUAACAGGAAUGCUGCAGGUACUGGCCGCACGUCUGCACCCAGGAAUUACUCUCGAUCUGGGUGCUUCAAGGAAGGUCGUGCUGGUUUUAGGCCUGUGGAGGCUGGUGGGCAGCAUGGCGGUCGGGCCGGUGAGACUGCUAAGCAUGAGACUAGUUAUCGGUCAGGGCACCUGGAGUAUACCCCUGUGAGGGAUCCAUCUCCAGAAGCAGAUGCACCAGUGCUUGGCAGUCCUGAGAAGGAAGAGGCAGCCUCAGAGACACCAGCUGUGGCUCCUGACACUGCACCACCAGCCCCUGACAGGCCAAUUGAGAAGAAAUCCUAUUCCCGGGCAAGAAGAACCCGAACCAAAGUUGGAGAUGCAGUCAAGGUUGCAGAGGAGGUACCCCCGCCACCCGAAGGGCUGACCUCAACACCUCCAGUCGCAGAAACUGCCCCUCCUCCACCGACUAGGACUGGGAACUGGGAGACUACAGUGGAUUCUACUGCAGGUGGACUUGAGCAAGACGUAUCACAACUAAAUAUAGCAGAACAGAAUUGGAGUCCGGGGCAGCCUUCAUUCCUGCAACCACGGGAGCUUCGGGGUAUGCCUAACCACAUACACAUGGGAGCAGGACCUCCACCUCAGUUUAACCGGAUGGAGGAAAUGGGUGUCCAGGGUGGUCGAGCCAAACGCUAUUCAUCUCAGCGGCAGAGACCUGUGCCAGAGCCCCCCACCCCACCUGUGCAUAUCAGUAUCAUGGAGGGACAUUACUAUGAUCCACUGCAGUUCCAGGGACCAAUCUAUACCCAUGGUGACAGCCCUGCCCCACUGCCUCCACAGGGCAUGAUUGUGCAGCCAGAAAUGCACCUUCCCCACCCAGGUUUACAUCCCCAUCAGACACCAGCGCCUCUGCCCAAUCCAGGCCUCUAUCCCCCACCAGUGUCCAUGUCUCCAGGACAGCCACCACCUCAGCAGUUGCUUGCUCCUGCAUACUUUUCUGCUCCAGGCGUCAUGAACUUUGGUAAUCCCAGUUACCCUUAUGCCCCAGGGGCACUGCCUCCCCCACCACCUCCUCAUCUGUAUCCUAAUACGCAGGCCCCAUCGCAGGUAUAUGGAGGAGUGACCUACUAUAACCCUGCCCAGCAGCAAGUGCAGCCAAAGCCCUCCCCACCCCGGAGGACUCCUCAGCCAGUCACUAUCAAGCCCCUUCCACCUGAGGUUGUAAGCAGGGGUUCCAGUUAAUAUGAGUUUCUGAAUAUUUUAAAUGUAACAUCAUAUAAAAAAACAGCAGAGGUGAGAACUCAGGAGAGAAGAGAAAUACAACUGGCUAUCUACUACCAGGAAGGCUUUAAAGAUACAGGGUGGCUUCUACUAGCAAGCAGCUGAAGGAGGAGGACCCCUACCUUCCUCUGAGGACAGGCUCUGUUGGAGAGGGAGAAACAGGUGGACUUCCUCCCACCUCUACUCUUUGCUUGAGUUUUCUGUGCUCAGGGGAGCAGAGAUCCAGACAGCCCAGGCUUCUGCAUCCAGAUCCAGAAGUCCGUGGUUUUUUUUCCACUUUCUCUUGGGAAAUUCAAGUGUCUUCUGCUCCAGGGAAGCUCCUUCCUGUUUGUUUUGUUUCCUAAGAUGUUCAUUUUUAGAGCCUGGUUCGCUAUUCUUAAAUUAAUAUUUUAUUAGUUUUCUCUCUUUCUCUCUGUUUCUUGCUCUCUCUGCCUUUCUUCUGGUUUGCUGGCCUCUCUGGCUUCCCUUUUGACUCUUCCCUGCAUCCCAGGUAAUUGAGAAUGUAUCAGCCACCCUUCCCCAACCAAGUCGAAAAAGACCUAGUCUCUCAGUUUUUGUUGGUUUUUGUUAUUCUCUUGUA